ACAGACCGUAAUUACCAUCUGCCAAUGCAAUGAAAUACAGCUACCACCGUCUCCUGAAUCGUAGAACAACUUACAAACUACGAACCAACGAACCAACGAACCAAAGCUACCACUCGGAGAACACAGCAGCUGCGAAGCAAUGGCGUCUACACUUCUGAAGCGAGCAAGCUACUCUGCAAUGAAAUCAGUGGCCGGAGGUUUCCAAAUGGGAGCUCAAUCAAGAGCCUACGCGGCGGUUGCAGCCGGAACCGACAUAGUCUCGGCAGCACCUAAUGUUUCCCUCCAGAAAGCUCGGACCUGGGACGAAGGCGUCUCCUCGAAUUUCGCCACCACUCCUCUCAAAGACAUUUUCAAGGACAAGAAAGUCGUCAUCUUUGGCCUCCCUGGUGCCUUCACGGGCGUUUGUUCUCAGCAGCAUGUGCCUAGUUACAAGAAGCAAAUUGAUAAGUUUAAGGCUAAAGGGAUCGAUUCUGUGAUUUGCGUAGCUGUUAAUGAUCCAUAUGUUAUGAAUGGCUGGGCAAACAAACUUGAAGCCAUAGAUGCUAUUGAGUUCUAUGGGGACUUUGAUGGGAGCUUCCACAAAAGCUUGGAAUUGGAUAAAGAUCUCUCUGGUGCUUUGCUUGGACCUCGCUCUCAAAGAUGGUCGGCAUAUGUGGUUGACGGGAAGGUUAAAGUUCUAAAUGUGGAGGAAGUCCCAUCAGACUUCAAGGUUUCUGGAGGGGAUGUUAUUUUGGGACAGAUCUAGAGCUACCUUAGUUUUGACGGAAAUUAAUAACUUCGUGCUGUUAAGAUUUUGAAUUUGAAACAAUUACUCGAGGACCUCUGUAGUCUGUGCUGUUUGGAAAUAAGUCGUGGACCUCUCUUUAUGACCAUGCUAGUUUAGCAAAGGCAUAGUAUAAAUUUGCACUUACACGCCUGCUUCCACCAUUGUGCCAA